GUGGACACUAGCCUACAAAAUGGCUUUACCCCAGGCAUGAAACUGGAAGUUGCUGUUAAACCUGGCCCUGACACAUACUGGAUUGCUACAAUCAUUACAACCUGUGGGCAGUUACUGCUAUUGCGAUAUGAUGGUUAUGGAGAGGACCGCAAAGCUGAUUUCUGGUGUGAUAUCAUGACAGCUGAUUUGCACCCAGUUGGCUGGUGUGAGCAGAAUAAGAAGAUACUUAAAGUUCCUGAAGGCAUCAAGGAUAAAAUUUCUAACCAGGUGGAAUUUCUUCAACAGACUUUAAAAGGAGCAUGCAGUGCCCCUGCCAAUCUUCUUGACAGG